AUGAAAGCGGCACAAACGCAAAUGAUUGACGACUUUGCGGAGACGCCCCGCGAGCCGCGUCGUCGGCCCAAUGCAACAACCAUGGGACGCGGCUUCGGCAAGUACGGCUACCAGUCUAAGCCCACCGCUGCGGUCGACGACUUGCUUCGCCGUGUCAGCGCGAAGGUCGCCGAGCGGGAGCAGCGUUCUGAUGCGAACCUCAUGCCGGCGAGAAACUGCCAGGAGUGGAUUCAGUGGGAGCGUGAUGUGGACGAGUUGCGCUACGAUCCGUUCUUCGAGGAGGACGUGAUCACCCGAUACAAAGGUCGCGCAGCUGGAGCGGGGAAGUCUGACCCAACCGCGGCAGCCUCGCGGGAGCUUUUACCUGGCGCGCUGCAGAUUGCGGAAGCCUCGAAGGACGGAGCCCUGCAGUGUGCUAUUUUGAAGGGUGUGUGCGACGACCGAAAGGCCCAGUUGCGCGCAGAGCGGCUGCGGAUUUACCGGCAGAAACGGGAGCUGUUGAAUGCCGGCAAGACGGCAGCGAACCUUCGAAAAUCGGUUCUGAAGAUGCAGUACACCUUCGAGAAGCGUGGCGUUUCGCCUCCAACAGCGCGGUACUCCUCAUCCCCGUCCUUGUCGCCUGGGCAGCGCUGGUUGCCAAGGGACGAGACGGGUCGUGUGCGAAAUUUUAAAACCAAGGCUUUUAAUAUUCCCCGGCCAGGUACCGCUCCCGCGACGAGAAAUCAGCUGGAAACCAUGUACGACGAGGCCCGGGAACUUGCCCGGGAAGCGGUAGAGACCGAGGGCCAGCAGCUGUUAUUUCCUCGGGAGCGGGAACACGAACAUCAACGCGCAGGCGCAGCUCUCACAGCGUCUGUUGGCGUCAAGUCGUCGACUCGUGAAAAUGUAGUUCCGCACGAAAGUGGUGGCCACGUGGAGGUACAAAGGAGAACUUCAAAACGCCCGCAGACCGCUACUCGACGGCGAAACCGAGCCACACUUGUUCCCAAGCUCGCUGUAUCAAUUGCAAAUAUGUCUGGGUCCUCUGGAAACUUGUGAUGCAAGGAAGGGAAUAGUGAGCUCACUGUAAUGCGCCGCCAAGCAUGACAAGUUUUUUUCAUGGUUCUGAGUUGCGUAUUCCGCAUGAGAAUGUGCGUUUUUGCAUGACAGUUCGCCUUGUUUGCGGCUGCUCGCCAUGAAAGCAACUACAUUACAUCUUGCCUCACUUUUUUAAGAUGGGUUUUUUCGUACUUCGGACUGUGCCAUAGUAGAUGACUUUACCGCUUUUUUACUUUUCUUUUAUCCCUCAGCGCUGGUGGGUCUGCCGGCAAAGUUAUCCCUACUCAGAUGGCUACAAAGCUCAUCCCGCAGCCGUCCCAGGAGCUCUUGUGGCUGUCUCUCGGUAGAGAUCGCUUUGCCCGUGCUUAUUCCACUCAGAGUUUGCUGGGUAGGUGGCUACCGUUUUAAGUUUAUAAACGAAUGGGACGCCCUGCCCUUAGCCUUCCAACAUGACAGGGAGGAGGAGCUCUCGGCGGCCACACAAUACAGAGUUCAGAGUCAUGCCAGAUUAGCUUCACAUGUCUCAGAAUCUUUCAGACCCAGACAUUUUAGCAUUGAUACGCUGCCCUCCCAGAGGCCGCGGCAGACUUGAGUUAUGGAAUCGAGCACCGAAAGCGUAUAGGGCUGUUGCAGCGUGGAGCGGAGCGAUUGCGCCUGGAGCGUUUGCAGGCAGAGAACCGGAUUUUGCAGGAGCAAAUGCCGGACCCGGCGUACGACGAAGAAAUCGAGUACCUACGUGGGCGCUUGAUGCAAAAGGAGAAUCAAGUGCACCACUUGAACCACAACUUGCAAAAGAUCGUGAACGCCACCGGCCGCGAUUCCUUACGCAGGGAGAUCAAUCUACGCAGCCAGCAGAGACGUGGUGGGAGUCCUGGCAUUGCGGCAGUUACAACACCACCGGAAAAAAGCGGCUUCGCACAGUACAACAGCUCGGCAGAAUUAUCGGUUUCGAAGAACAUUGCAUCGGUUCUUGUUCGCGGUUCACCGUUGGCCGGUCCGCACAAGCAGGAAAAGGAAGUGCCUGGUGUUUUGUUUAGCAGCACCUCGUCCACCAGCACCGCCUCUCUGCGAGAGGCGCUCCGCGAGAUUGGCAUUCAGCCCCGAAUCAACGAGACCGCCAUAUUCAAAGGAAAAAUCCCCCCUCCCCAUAUUGAAAACGCAUCCUUCUGAAAAUUUGUGAUGCAGAUUUGUGGCCACAGAUCGGGUCUGUCUUGCAAGAAGGGGCCGGGAUUUCUCCUUUUGAUACGGCAGUCAUGAGCGGUCGACCGACAUCCAUGCGCAAAGCCACAAGCAGACGAAAUUGUCCUACGAUCUCAAUGGAAAGGCGUUUUUGCCGCUGAAGUACGAGGAGCUGCUUCGCCUGCGUUUGCCAAAGACCUUUGAUGAGAAGUCCGUGCGGACGGAAACAGACACUUGCUCGGUGGCUGUGUCCGUGCAGGGGCCACUGUCUUCGAUCGACCAAGUAGAGAGCACGUUUGAAGAAGAUCUUCAUGCUGGUGGGAACCUGCAAGAGCAGUCCGUUGGCGUUGGUGUUUUUGAACAUGCACAUGAUCAUCAAGAUCAACACGUACUAGAGGUAGAACUGGAACUACUUUCACAUGGAGAGGUGGACAGACACGAACAAGAUGGCGUCGAAGAUCCUAGCUCUCGCGGGGCAGUGGCUGGACAGACAAAUUCGCAGGUCGAACACGGGAGGACGGGUAGUUGUGUUGAGACAGCAAGGUCAGAGCAGGACUACAUCAAGAAUGACAUGCAGGAACAAGGCUGCUCUCCCGCAUCUCCUUCGGUGAACUUGUUACCGGGAUAUGAUGAUGUCGCGUUAAGCCCGCCGACGCGAAUGGGGCAGUUUGCGGAACUGCUGUUCGAUGACGGUGUACGGGGCGCCGAGGCCGCGAAAAGAAUCGAGCUCGAAGCAAAGCAAAAGAAAAUCUCCGACCAGAUGGAAGACGCCAUGCGAAUUUUCCUAUUGACUUCUAAAAUGAAUCACCGCACACUAGAGCUCGAGAACAGCAAGACUGGCUUCUAGAAGAGGUUUCCAAUUCAGAAAGAAUACUACUUGCGUUGAAAGCGAAAGGAAAUGAAGAUAAGGAACACCAGGUGAAGUAGCAUGAAAUACAAAUAUAAACUUCCACAAUGAAGAAAAGUUAUUUUUCAUUUUCUGCGCCGUAUUAUAUAUAACAAGCUAUAAUCCACUCUAGAACUGGAGCUGGAAAACCAAGACG